GAGAGAGAGAGAGAGAGAAAGACCUCCCCCAUUCCCUUCAGAUAGAGAGAGAGAGAGAGAGAGAGAGAGAGAGAGAAAGAAAGAUUGAGAAAGUAUGUCUGGUUGGGAUGAAGGAGCCGUAUACUACAGCGACCAGGCGCAGUUCCCUGAAUCAGGUUCCGAUGCGGCGGCCACCGCACCCAGCCGCCACACCAUCCUCCAGAAAUUCAAGGAAUUCAUCCGAAACUUCGAGAGCAAGAAAAAUGUAUUCCCCUAUCGUGAAAGUCUCGUCCACAACUCUAAGUCUCUCCUUGUCCACCUUGAAGAUCUCCUCGCCUUCGACGCCGAGCUCCCCUCCCUCCUCCGCUCCUCCCCCGCCGACUACCUCCCCUUGUUUGAGACGGCAGCAGUGGAGGUUCUGCAGAGUUUGAGGUUGAAGGAGCAGGCAGAGAGUGGGGAAAUGAAGGAGCCAGAUAUUCGGGAAGUGCAGAUCUUAUUGAGUUCCAAGGAGGAUCCUGUUUCCAUGCGAUUCCUUGGGGCACAAUAUAUCUCAAAGCUGGUUAAGAUAGCUGGGAUCACCAUAGCUGCUUCAAGAGUCAAGGCAAAGGCAACUUAUGUGAGUCUAGUAUGUAAAAAUUGCCAAAGUACUAAGGAAGUACCUUGCCGUCCAGGCCUUGGAGGGGCAAUAGUACCUCGUUCAUGUGACCAUGUUCCUCAGCUUGGUGAAGAACCAUGCCCCAUUGAUCCGUGGAUGGUGGUUCCUGACAAAAGCAAGUAUGUUGAUCAGCAAACCCUGAAACUCCAGGAGAAUCCUGAGGAUGUCCCUACUGGAGAGCUCCCCAGAAACAUGCUUCUAUCAGUGGAUCGCCAUCUUGUUCAAAGGAUUGUACCUGGCACAAGAUUGACCAUCAUAGGGAUUUAUAGCAUCUUUCAAGGAGCCAAUUCAUCAACCUCCCAUAGAGGAGCAGUUGCAGUUAGACAGCCUUAUAUAAGAGUUGUGGGAAUAGAAGAAGUAAAUGAGUCAAAUUCGCAGGGGCAUACAGCUUUCACACAAGAAGAGAUAGAAGAAUUCAAAAGAUUUGCUUCACGAGCAGACGCAUAUGAAGCCAUAUGCUCCAAGAUUGCUCCAUCUAUAUUUGGAGAAGAAAAUGUGAAGAAGGCAGUGGCUUGUCUUUUGUUUGGGGGAUCAAGGAAGAAUUUACCUGAUGGAGUGAAGCUAAGGGGCGAUGUCAAUGUCUUGCUUUUGGGCGAUCCAUCCACUGCUAAAUCACAGUUUCUCAAGUUUGUUGAGAAGACAGCUCCAAUAGCUGUUUACACCUCUGGAAAAGGUUCAUCAGCUGCUGGUCUUACGGCUUCUGUUAUACGAGAUAGCAGUUCGCGUGAAUUCUAUCUUGAAGGCGGGGCUAUGGUUUUGGCAGAUGGAGGUGUUGUCUGUAUAGAUGAGUUUGACAAAAUGAGGCCAGAAGAUAGGGUUGCUAUUCAUGAAGCUAUGGAACAGCAAACAAUAUCCAUUGCAAAAGCAGGAAUAACAACCGUUCUCAACUCUAGGACAUCUGUGCUUGCAGCUGCCAACCCGCCAUCAGGACGUUAUGAUGAUCUUAAGACUGCUCAGGAAAAUAUUGAUUUACAGACAACAAUUCUUUCUCGAUUUGACUUAAUCUUUAUUGUGAAGGAUAAAAGAGAUUACAGCCGUGAUAAGAUCAUAGCUAGCCAUAUAAUAAAGGUUCAUGCAUCUGCUGAUACAACUUCAGCUGAUAGUAGAGUUUCUAAGGAAGAGAAUUGGCUAAAGAGAUAUAUACAAUAUUGUCGAACUGAAUGUCAUCCCCGUCUCACAGAAUCUGCAUCCAAUAGACUGCAAAAUGAGUAUGUCAGAUUCAGACAGGACAUGAGGAAGCAGGCAAAUGAAACUGGAGAAGCUGCUGCAGUACCCAUUACUGUAAGGCAGCUUGAAGCUAUCAUAAGGUUGAGUGAGGCUAUUGCUAAAAUGAAACUGUCCCAUGUUGCUACUGAGGCAGAUGUGGUUGAAGCAGUAAAUCUUUUUAAGGUUUCAACUAUUGAAGCAGCACAGUCUGGCAUAAAUCAACAAGUGACUCUUACUCCUGAGAUAAAGCAAGCAGAAACUCAGAUAAAGAGAAGAAUUGGAAUUGGCAUGCGCAUAUCAGAAAGAAAGCUGAUUGAUGAACUUGCUAGAAUGGGAAUGAAUGAAUCAAUUGUGAGAAGAGCUCUUAUAAUUAUGCAUCAAAGGGAUGAGAUUGAAUACAAGCAUGAGCGGCGUGUCAUUGUACGAAAAUUGUAAUCUGUUGCAAAAUCAUCCUUUUUCCUGAAGAAAUGUAUCAGGAGCUGUCCAGUGAUGAGCAGUUGAUUGAGCCUAUGGCAAAAACAUGCUUUUUGUUGUGAUCCUGUGGGGACAGGAUUAGAAAAUAUGCAGCCAAAUGGGCAUCAGAAAGAGUAAGUUGUCUUACCAUUAAUAUUUACUUAUGCUUCCAAUUGCAAAACUUGGAAGUUUCCUUCAUUGUAUUGAAAUUAGAGGUUCUUGUGCUCUUUGUAGCAGUUGUUUCUGGAAUUUUUAAAGUAGGAAAUGCAUGUUCUUACUCUUUUAGAUAGUAAACUUCUCUUCAGCUAAAAUUUAUCCUUUUUUGGAUCAAUGAAAUAUGUUCUCCA